ACAAACCCCCACGGCCGUAUCAUCGCGAACAAUAAUCACCUAUACUCCAGCUGGGCUCAAGCAUAUACGAAUCCAGUAUCUGCUCACAAGCCAGAAACGCAACUUGAUACGGUUGGCUGUAAUCAUGAUAGGGCUUCGGCUCCCUUGGCUCAUGGGAUCCUGCGCAAAAUACCACAAAGGAAAGACUUGCAUCGAAUGGCAUCGUGGAACACAGGUUGUAUCAGAAAUAUUUUUUUCUUUCUUUCUUUCUGCUCGAGUCCCGUCCUACCCACGCAUGCAGCUUCAUUUGACAGCGCAAAGUUGCAUCAUGACGGCAACGGAUGGUCCCUAUUGGGAACACUUUUCGAACUGAUAGGUAACCCCAAUGCCAUCCACCUGCAUGAUGAAGGUUACUUUCGGGUUCCAUAUGCAUCCUAUCCUUUUUUCCCUCCUGCCAGUUCAAGGGGUAGUGAGUUUGGUGUCUUUUCGUUCGAAAUGCUUCCAUUAACAGUGAUCACCCGAAGCCCCGAAGGAACAUUGUAAUUUCCCAGCGAAUUAAUAACAUUUCUUUUACGGCAUUCCGAUGACAUUCGCCAUCGAGCUAAGUCGUUCUCAGUUAUCUGUCGCGAAAUCUGUACGCAACAAAGAGCCGACUUGGUGGGAUUUGAA